UCAGUGGAAGUGGAAGUCAAGAUGAGCUCGGCGGACGAACUGAUAACGCUGAGCAAUGAGACUGUGGGCAACUCUACCUUUUUUGCGUACAUCGGACAAUACAUAGACCUGGACUACUCGAUAUGGUUGUAUCGGUUGCUUACACCGGUGCUGGUUACAUUCCUACUGCCUUGCGCAUUUGUGCUGUUAAUUUACUGUACCAUAUCAUUUCUCUACAUUUACAAGCUGCACAGUCGAUUUAUAUUGCAGGUUUACAAUGAGGGUGACUUUGACUUCUGGGAUGUGGCGCGAACUCUGGUCGCCGUUGUAUGGGAUGCCCACGGAUGGAUAUUUCAUGGUUACGAGGUGUGUGGGUUGGAGAAUCUCCCUGAAACAGGUCCCGCGCUUAUCAUCUACUAUCAUGGAGCAAUCCCGAUCGAUAUGUAUUACUUUACGGCACGCGUCUACCUGAAGCGACAACGGUUAAUUUAUACCGUUGGCGAUCGAUUUCUGAACAAAGUGCCCGGCUGGAAGCUGCUGGCACGUGUGAUGAAGAUCAGCCCUGGUACGGUUCAGUCGUGUGCGAGCGUGUUGCGUGAUGGCAAUUUGCUUUCGAUUGCACCGGGCGGUGUGUACGAAGCACAGUUCGGUGACAGCAACUAUGAGCUGCUCUGGCGGCAACGGGUCGGCUUCGCUAAGGUAGCGAUUGAGUCGAAAGCGCCAAUUAUUCCUAUGUUUACAGAAAAUCUUCGCGAAGGCUUCCGUUCGGUUGGUCUUGCCAAACGACUCUUCAUCCGUCUCUACAAUGCAGUACGCUUCCCGGUGCGCCCAAUCUACGGUGGCUUUCCGGUCAAGUUCCGCACACAUCUGGGCGCACCGAUACCGUACGAUCCGUCCUUAUCGCCCGAGGAUCUUCAAGAAAAGGUGGCGUUUGCGAUCGAGGAACUUAUCAACCAGCAUCAGCGUAUCCCGGGCAGUAUCUUUCACGCACUGGUGGAUCGUUUUAUCACACGCAAGACGAAAGCUAAAUGA